AUGUCCCGGGUUCUGCAUUGCGGCUUCAAGUCGGUUGACGGCCUCGACCAACACUUUCGGCCAUCUAUAAUACGGAAAGGACAUCGCUUGUUCGAAAACAAUCAUGUGUACGGGGUCCGCGAAGUGGACGAAACUGACGUCUCCGCGAAAUGCCUUUCCCAACAGAGCAAGCACAUGUACGAGGUUGGUCUCAAGCUGACGAUGCAACCGCGACAAAUUGAGAGCGGCGUGUGCACUUGUCGGUACGGUACCAUGGGGAACUGCAAGCAUUGUGCCGCAGUUGCUUUUUAUUUAAACGAAUUCAAUCACGCUUCUUGCACGAGUGCGCCACAAACAUGGGGAAAGCCUGCAGGGAAGUCACUGCUGAACGACAAGGCCAGCAUUGGAGAACUGUUUGGAGACUACAACAGCCCCUUUGUAGGGAAUAGAAAGCCAGCAGAACUGUCCCCAUUUUAUGCCCUGGAGUACUUUCCGGGCAUUGUUUCGCCAUUCACUGAAACACUGGCAGAGAUGGCUAAGAGCGAGGCAGAUUUGGACUCCAUCGAAGCAGAGAAGAAAGCCAAGCAGUUGAUACAGCUGCAAAAAUUACCCACCUGCUUCCUGCACCUUGCAAGGCAUUACACGAGCUGCAAGUGUUUGUUUAUUCAGUCAGUCAAACGCAGCACUACUGGGCACACAGUACUUCACGCUCGACGGAGUCCUGAGGAAGUGGCGAGGGCCAUCCUGCAUGCGAGGGCAUUUUCUUCCGAGGCUACGGCAUAUGGUCUUCGCACUGAGCCCCCGGCUCGGAUGGAGUUCGAGCGUCAACAAAGUGUUGAAGUUGUGGAGAUGGGUCUGCUCAUCCACCCCGACCAGCUUUGGCUGUGUGGCAGCCCAGAUGGUAUAUUUUGUUUGGCUGGAAAAACAUACCUUCUCGAGAUCAAGUGUCCACACAAGUGCAAACAAAAUGAGAUGUUCAACAGCUCAGGGAAGAGCAUCCUUGAAUACAUUCAGGGGACCUGCAGUGAUCCGAAACUUAAAGGGAAGCUGAAACACUUUUCGAAAAAAAUGAGUUCUCUGCGGCAUUCUACACUUCCCUUUAAGAAGUCGCACAGAUAUUACACCCAAGUGCAAAUCUUAAUGUACUUGCUGAAUGUAACGAAAUGUUUUUUUUUGUGUGUGUACUCGAAGAAAGAGCACCUAACUAUUCAUGUUGGCAGGGAUGACUCCUUUCUGCAAGAGGCGAUACCAGGCCUUGAGAAGUUUUUUUCAGCUGGCUUCUGCCUGCUGCAGCAAAAUAAAAUGUGUUCAUUGGGAUCUAUAUGCCCCAUGUGA